AAAUCACGACCUAUUGACAUGAUAUUUAUGCAGUAAGCGUUUAUCACUUGCCAUUACCUAGGCCGGAGGGUAGUCGGUUCACAGUACAAUUAACACCGUCUUAGUGACAGUUAAAAUGAUAAGCGUUAGGCAAUAUCUUGUCGCACUGGCGUUAAUUAUUUCUAGUGAAAAUUUUGUGCACAUCAAUGCAUAUAGGAUAUUUAAAAUAGAUGGCAAAGAAACAAUAUUAGCAUCAGAAAAUGAAAAUAUAAGCAUACAAUGCAAGUCUGAUUUUCCUAUGACUUAUUGCGGUUUUGUUCAUCCCAGUGGAAAACGGUUUUCGUUUGCAGACCGUGCUGUUACCAAUGGUAAAUGCGUUCAAAAUAUCAAAGCAACAAAUUCGGACAGUGGUGAAUGGGGUUGUCAUAUAGGAAGGCAGUCUGUUAGAUUAGAAACUAUAAAAAAAAUUCAAGUGCGAAUAGUAAAUAAAGUUGCAGCCGUAGAACCCAAUAUUACAGCAAAGUUAGGGAAGCCGAUCACGAUCGCAUGCGCAACAACAAGGGGAUUGAUGCCGCUAAGUUAUUGCCGAUUUGAACCGCCCAAUGGACAAUCUUUUAACAUAGACUCGACGGUUACUGAAGAUCAACCUAUUUUGAAGAAAUACUAUUAUCCAUCAAAUAGUAGCCUUGACCGAGGAGACUGUGCUGUGACUAUUGGUAAAGUUAAGUACGAUGAUGUAGGGGACUGGACGUGCGGGGCCGGCCUUGAUGAUGGCAAGGAGCACAUCGACGUUAUCAGGUUGGAGGUCGAAGGUAUGUACACGAUGUCUACAGCAUCAGCCACCGGUGUUACCUUUGGCGGUAUAUUAAUCGCAUUCGCACUUGCGUCGCUGGGUUAUAUAGCGUGGAAGAAGAGAAGGGUUCUAGGCCAGACACCGGCAGCGCCAGAAGAGAUAGAAAUUGAGAAUUUAGGUCAAGAACACUAUAGCAGUCCACAGCCAGGGCGAAGCGUGCCAACUGUUGUUGUUCAGUCACCCUCUGAUCCUGGGGAGCCCGGGACUUCACCACUCAUGUCCCGUCAACAGAGUCCAAUGUGAUUAUUAUUUAAUGCGAUUACUUGUAUAGGACCGUUAUAACAUAUUUAAUAUAAUCAAAUAAAAUGGAUUGUAAUUGACUAUAUAUUUGUGGUUAAUACCUUAACUUAUUUUUAUCAAUUUAAAAAAUGCCAAUCUAGGCAACUUAGCAUCAUUUUAAUUAUUUCUAAUUUAUUUUUCUGUUAAUCUUUUCUUUUAUUCUCUGAAGCACUU